AUGGAGGAGCUAAAACAAGGCAAACGAGAUGGGAUGGGGGGUGCGGGGGAAUGGGGGUGUAGAAGAGCCAGCUGCGCACAGUCACGCACGCGCGCAGUUGCCCACACGCAGCCGCGCACAGCAGCAUACGCAGCUGCGCGCACGCAGCUGCUUGCGCGCAGCUGCACACGCCUACGCGCAGCCGCACACACGCGCAGCCGUACGCGCAGCUGCACGCGCACCCGCACACGCACGGCUGCCCACGCAACAGCUGUCGCGCGCGCAGCAGCAGCCGCACGCGCACGCGCGGCUGCACGCGCACUAUCUGCCGCGCGCGCACAACAGCACCCGCACGCGCAACUGCAGCCGCACACUCAGCUUCUGCAGCACGCGCAACAGCAACCGCACGUGCAACAGCUGCCUCACGCGCAGCAUUAG